AUUCACUUUUUUGUUGCUAUGUAUCAACAUUGUUAAAAUAAUAACUAAAAUUAUAUAAUUUGUAAUAAUUUUCGCAUCAUACACGUAAAGUUGAUAAAGAAUUUUUGCGUUAACUUAAUCAGUAGCGAAGAAGUUGCUAACGUUAGCAAUAAAUCUUGUAUAUAAACUCUUCAACCACCGUGUGUUGUCAGUUGUUCGCCAUGGGAUGGCUCAAGUUGGCUUUCAUAACGGCUCUUGCCUUGUUGACAAGCACUGCUUGGAAAAAUGAUGCAGAAUACGUCUACACCUUUAGAACUCGCACCCUUAGCGGUGUCGAGGACGGAUCGAAGGAGCUUACUGGAGUGUUUCUGAAAGGCAAAUUCCACCUAUCACCGAGAGGAAAUGACAAUUUCAUGGCAAAAAUGACCGAUGUCCAAAUGGUUCAGGUUCAUUCGCAUUUGUUUGGAGGUUGGGAUUCCGAUAUUCCGGACUCUCAACUUAGCUACAAACCUAUGCAGAUGUCUAACAAUCCCUUUAAAAUUGUUAUGAAAGACGGAGUUGUACACGACGUCUUAGUCAUGCAGAAUACGCCAUCAUGGGAAGUGAAAAUGAUCAAGGGCAUUGUGAGUCAAAUCCAACUAGACACCCUCGGACAGAACGUAAUCGAAAGCAGGUUAAAUCAGUUGCCAAAGGAAGGAAGUGAUUUUGCCGUCUUCAAAACAAUGGAAAAGACCAUCACUGGUAAUACGGAAACUUUAUACGAAAUCAAACAAUAUCCCGAAUACUUGCUACAAUGGGAAAACUGGAGGGAGUCAUUACCUCAUCACGGAAGUGUAGAAAGGUACUACGAAGUCACUAAAAGCCGCAACUACUCCAACAGCGAACAUCGUCCAGGAUUUCAUUACGGAUUUUACGACAACGGCGAUUCCAAACAAAAGGGACCUGCCAGCAACACAUUGGGACAACACUUCAUAAGAACCGGAGUAUCAAGGGCCAUCAUCUCUGGCACUCUCCAACGAUAUACCAUCGAGAAAGUUACGUCUACCAACAGGAUUAUGCUUCAGUCGGAACUUUCUGACAAACUUUAUGGCAGAGUUGAAAGCAAAUUUUCAUUAAAAUUGAAAGAGGUACUAUCGUCAACAUCAAUGCCUGGUGAUGGAUCCGGUAUGAAAUCAAUCGGAAGUUUAGUAUACAACUACGGAGAUUACUCUCAACGCGACGGCACCAAAGAAAACAACAGUGGCGAAUCCAGUGAAGAAUCUAACUCCCGUUCUUUAGGUUCAGACGAGCAACUAUAUACCAAACCUAAACUUAAUGAACCUCUGCAAUUACCUCCCUUCAUUGCCGAAUUCCCAUCUCAACAACAGGUUAAAGAAAGUUCAGCUCAGGCUGUCAGGGAGCUUGCAAGACAAAUUGGACAAGAACUUGUCAAUCCUGAAAUGCUCCAGAAACAUCACACCCUCGAGAAGCAAAUUCUCUUAACUCACAUAUUAAGAUCACUCGAUGAUAAGCAAUUGCAACAAAUCUCAAAUGAACUGUACACCGCUGAACAAGAAGGUCCUGCUGCCAAAACUUGGAAGGUCUUCCGCGAUGCAGUUGCUGAAGCCGGUACUGGUCCCGCAUUCCUUACCAUCCAAUACUGGAUCAAAAACAGGAAGCUUGUCGGAAGGGAAGCUUCAAUUGUAGUAGAACGCAUGAGCCAAUCUGUUGUCCAACCAACCUACGAAUACAUCAAAGCUUUCUUCGGCAUGAUUUCGCAACCGGAAGUAGAACAAGAAGAUUAUCUUAAUGUAAGUUCCGUCAUCUCGUUUUCCCGUCUCGUCAACGAUGUUUACAUGCAUCAAAGAAACAGUCAUAAUAAAUUCCCAGUCCACACAUUCGGCAAAUUCGAUACAGACUCCGGAAAACAAUUCGUUAUCAAUGAGUACAUUCCUUACUUAAGACACAAACUCCAAAACGCCGUCAUUCACGCUGACAACCGAAAAAUUUACACUUACAUAACCGCUAUCGGUAUGGUUGGGCACAGGAAGAUUUUGGAAAUCUAUGAACCAUACCUUGAAGGACAACAUGUCAUCACCCAAUUCCAAAGAACUUAUAUGGUCAACUCUUUAAGACUUUUGGCUAAGACUGACCCAGAAGGUGUACGGGGUGUACUCUACAGAAUUUACCAGAACAUCGGAGAACACGAAGACGUUAGGGUCGCUUCUGUUUACAAUUUGAUAUUAACAAAACCGCCAAGAAGCAUGCUGCAACGUAUGGCUUUAUUCACCAACUAUGAUCCAAACGAGCAAGUAAACUCUGCCGUAAAAUCCAUGAUUUUGAGUAGCGCCAACUUAAAAGGACAGAGAUACGUUUAUCAUCGCACAAACGCUAGGGCAGCUGUACCCUUACUCACACGCAAAGAAUACGGACAACAAUAUUCAAAAGGACAUAUCGACUCUUUUGAACAAGAAGACUUGGACAAUUUGUAUCAACAAACGGUUAGCUGGAUUGGAAGCAACGACAAAGUCAUCCCGAAAGCAAUGUACUACUCAUGGAGCUCAUACACCGGAGGAUUCAUGCAACCUCUUGCAGUUUUGAAAGCUAAAGUCUCUAGCGUAGGCGAUUUAGUCGAUGAAAUCGCCGAUUUAAUCAAAGAUGAAUCCAAACCGCAACAGUCCACAGGAGGAGAAUUCACUGCAGAAAGUAUUGCUAAAAUAAUGAACAUGCAUCCUCAACAAAGGGAAGAACUAGAAGGAUUAUUGAGAUACCAACUGUACGGUUUAAGUGGAAUGUAUUCUUUCAACAACGUUACAAUCCGUGAAAAACUUCAAGAUUUGAAGAAACUCGAACAAGAUCUUCGCGCCGGUAUUAAACUUGGUAACACUAAAAUAGUCGAUAACAGAAAGAUGAUUGCAAGUUUCCCUAUGGACAUGGGUUUCAUAUUCUACUACAGACUGAACAAACCUCUUCUAGUUCAAAUAGACGGACAAAUAACUGGCACUGUCCAACCUCAAUUAGUCUCUGGUGAAAACAUUGUCAUCCCAGACUCCGUCAGUUUCAACGCAGAUGUAAGAGUAACCGUUGCAAGAAAAGUACAAGCCCGUUAUGGUUUCUUAACGCAAUUCGAUGGACACUACUAUACCGCCGGAAACGAUGACAACCUACAACUUUAUGCUCCUCUUGUUUUCAAAUCUCAUUUCGACACAAAACAGAAACAGCUUAACGUGGAAGUUCAAAUGAAAGAACCUGAGAAAAAUAUUCGCAUUUUACAGUACUCUACAUACACGUACACCUCCCACAGCGAUUACAAACUAAGAAAACCUUUGAUGGAAAUUGAAAACACAAAAAUUCACAACCAAGGACUAGUUGAGCGCCAAGACGUAUACGGACAAAACUCUGGAAUGAAAUUCAAAGUACAUCAACACUGGGAAGAAGGAAAACCAGAAUUCAAAUGGAAUUUGCAUAAUCUGUUCAAGGAAGGAGGUAUGGAAGAACUCAUCAACAACUACUACGAACUUCCUACCGACCACAGAAGAUUCAACAUUGAAUACCAAGGAAAUGAAUCACAAAACAAGAAAAUGAAAAUGAACCUCGCCUUAAAACUGACCACUAAAAUAAGAGGAAACCAAAAACCAACUGGUGGAGACUCUGUCGAUUUCAAUACCAUUGCUCAAACACCUAAACAGCCCCAAGAAAGGCUUAACGACUUCUACAAGAAGGUUUCAUCGGGAAUACAUAGUCCCAGGAUCUACGUGGCUGACGCUGACAUCCAAUUUAUAGGGCAAAACACUGCUGAAUUCACCACAACCAUUGCUGUUGCAGCUAGUCCAGUCGAUGAGAAAGUCCGCGGUUUAUUCUACUACAAAAAACAACCAGUUCCUCAAUCAGGCCAAGAACCAAACCAAGUAGUUUUGAUGGCCCAAGGUAAAUUCCCCAACACAAACGGUUUGAACUUCGAAUACGCGUUGAACUUUGAUCCUACUUCUACUCUCCAAGUUCAAGCUGCUUUCGGUAAAGACAUUCAAUCCGGAGAAAAGAUAAACGUAAACGUACAAAUGAAGAAGAGUCAACGUAGAAUCGCAUACAUGAAGAAGAACGCUGAAUACGAACUGAAAAGGAGCAAGGCAGAAAAUGGUUUAGACACUAUGUAUCCGAAGACAUGGGCUGCUCUUACAACCCAAAGUAACACGAUGGAUACCUUAUAUGCAAACAUUGAAUAUCAACACUUGAGUGACAGCACUUUGGGCGUCAUGCAACUAAUAUUAGAUACGAUUGAUCUCAACAUCGGAGAAUACAAAAACGUCACAUACAAUAAACAGGGUUCAGAACGAAAAACAAACGUACACGUUGACUUCUAUCCCGACUUCCAAAUGGCUAACGUUACCAUCACAACUCCCGAGAAGGAAAUCGAGUACGAACGACUCCCCAUAGCGAACUGGUUGAAACCUCUUGUAGCCGUUCACCCUGUAUUCUCAGUAAAAGAAAGAAUUAUGAGACAUCUUUUACAAUACAGCACCUACAGACCAUCUUGUGUACUUGACCAUCAAUACGUAUCCACUUUCGACAAUACUUCGUAUCCUGUUCAAUUCAAGGACGCAUGGUCAGUUGUGUACUUCUACGAACCUCGCAUUUCUUCGAAACAACACUACAACCAACAAGAACAGUUGAGACUUCAACAACUCCAGAAUGAAUUACGUGAAGAACAGUACGUCGUUUUGGUUCGCUCUAAAGGUGGUAACCAAAACAAUAAGGAAAUCAAGAUAUUAGUCCGCUCCCCUGAAAACGACCAAAAACCCGUCGAAAUUGAAAUGAUCCCAACUGGAGGAAAACCAGCUGCCAGAGUAACCAUCAACAAGCAACAAAUAAACUACAACGAUAAGGAGGUAUCAUCGGCUGAAGAUGGACUAGUGGAAUUGUACUCUUUACCAAACGGAGAAACUAAAUUAGAAAUUAGAAAUGCCUUCUACAUUAUCUACGAUGGAUCCACGAUGAAGGUAUCAGUAACCAACGACAGAUUCCGUGGUCACCUCCGCGGCCUUUGCGGCACCUUCACGGGAAUGAUGGCGGAAGACUUCACAGAUCCUGAAAAUUGUGUUAUUGGAAAUCCCCAACAGUUCGUUGCUCAGUACACCCUCUCUGGUAACCAGGCUCAAGGCCGGCAGCAAGGUUCUGGAAAAUGCGCCAGACGCCAAGUCAUCUACGGCAACUACGUCUCUCAACGCGAUGGCGAUCGAACUGAAUCAUCAGCUCCAGGUUCAACGUCGACAUGUUACAAACAUCAAACGCGAUAUAUGGUACAACCAGGAAGUAACCAAGUCUGUUUCACGACACGUAAUAUACCUGUCUGCCAAAGAGGCUGCAAGGUUGCAAAGAGUAUCACCAAAACCGUUGAUGUCCACUGUGUUACCAAGAAUCACAUAAGUGACCUUUGGAUGAAGCAAAUUGACAGCGGAGCCAAUCCAGACUUCAGUCAAAAGGAUCCCAAUCAAUCGAUCAAAAUGACUAUUCCAUUGAAAUGCACGCCUUCUUCUUAUUAAUACGAAAAUUGUUAACUUAUUCAAACGAGACUUUAAAAAAAUGUAUAGCAUAUUAGAGUAGAAUAAAUAAUUGACGAGCAUUCCAAAAAUGUAAAAA